AUGGAUUCGGCUAUUACUCCUGCUGAUAUCACUGCCAGCAUUAACUCCAUUCCUAUGCUAAAUGGCACUAAUUUCAAGUCAUGGCAAGAGAAUCUUUUGAUAGUUCUGGGAGUCAUGGAUCUCGACCUUGCGUUAAGGUCUGAUUCUCCUCCACCUCUUACCGAUAGCAGUACUUCUAAUCAAAAGAAGGAUAUGGAAAGGUGGGAGAAAUCAAAUCGCAUGUGUAUGAUGAUCAUGAAGAAAGCCAUUCCAGAAGCAUUCAGGGGUACAAUGUCCGAAAACAUUACCAUGGCUAAGGAGUUCCUUGCAGACAUUGAGAAGAGAUUUGUCAAGAACGAAAAGGCAGAAAUUGGUACGAUCUUGACAAAUCUAAUCUCGAUGCGCUACAAAGGGAAAGGCAACAUCAGGGAGCACAUCAUGGAGUUGUCUCAUCUUGCUUCUAAGUUGAAAGCACUUAAGCUAGAACUCUCUGAGGACUUGCUAGUGCAUCUGGUUUUGAUAUCUCUUCCAGCACAAUUUAAUCAAUUUAAGGUGAGCUAUAAUUGUCAGAAAGAGACUUGGUCUCUGAAUGAGCUCAUCUCACAUUGUGUUCCAGAGGAGGAAAGGCUGAAGCAAGAUAAGAUAGAAAGUGCUCACCUGGCCUCAACCUCCAAGCACAAGGGAAAGAAAAGGAAGAAGGAUAUGGAAGCUGCAAACAAGGCACCUAAAAGGAAGCAACAAAUGAAAUCGGAUGAUCCGGAAAGAACUGGUUGUUUCUUUUGUGGAGCCAAAGGGCAUAUGAAGAAGCAAUGCACCAAUUAUCAUGCAUGGCGUGCUAAGAAAGGUGUGUUACUUAAUCUAGUUUGUUCUGAGGGUUGCCUGAGUUGCCGAAAGCCGAAUGAUGGUGAAAGAUACAUCUAUGUGGGCGAUGGCAAGUCUGUUCAAGUUGAAGCAAUAAGGAAUUUAGAUUAUUGUUAA